AUGAGGGCCUGUGUCCCCCUGACGGUGGCUGUGCUCUGUGGCCUGGCCUGGGCUGGAAACCUGGAAUCAUGUGCAUCUCGCUGUAAUGAGAAGUUUAACAGAGAUGCUGCUUGCCAAUGUGACCGCCGGUGUUCCCGUCACGGGGACUGCUGUGAAGACUACGAACAUCUGUGUACUGGUGAGGCUCCUGAGGAGCCAGAGGCAUUCUUGGAGCUGGAAGAAGAGGCCCCGGAUAAUAGCUUGUACUCGGCACCCAGCUCUUGCCAGGGCCGCUGCCGCGAAGCCUUCGACAAGCACCACCCCUGCCACUGCAAUGACCGCUGCCAAGAGUUUGGGAACUGCUGCCAGGAUUUCGAGAGCCUGUGUGGCGACCACGAGGGCUUCUCCCACAGCAGGGAUGCCAUAACCAAAGAGGAGCUUCAGAGCAUCUCUGAGAAGAUCUACAAGGCAGACACCAACAAAGCCCAGAAGGAAGACAUUGUUCUCAACAGUCAAAACCGCAUCUCCCCUUCAGAGACGGGAGACCAAGUGGAUCGCUGCCCAGAGCCGCUCUUCACCUAUGUCAAUGAGCAGCUGUUCUCCAAGCCCACUUAUGCAGCCUUCAUUAACCUGCUCAACAACUACCAGCGGGCGACGGGCCAUGGGGAGCACUUCAAUGCCCAGCAGCUGGCCGAACAGGGUGUCUUCCUCAGAGAGAUCAUGAAGACAGCAGUCAUGCAGGAGCUCUUCAGCUUUCUCCAUCACCAGAACCGCUAUGGCUCAGAACAAGAAUUCGUUGACGACUUGAAGAAUAUGUGGUUUGGGCUCUAUUCAAGAGGCAAUGAAGAGGCGGACUCCAGUGGCUUUGAACAUGUCUUCUCAGGUGAAAUCAAAAAGGGCAAGGUCACUGGCUUCCAUAACUGGAUCCGCUUCUACCUGCAGGAGAAGGAGGGCCUGGUUGACUAUUACAGCCAUAACUAUGAUGGACCUUGGGAUUCCUACCCUGACGUGUUAGCGAUGCAGUUUAACUGGGAUGGCUACUAUAAGGAAGUGGGCUCAGCUUUCAUUGGCAGCAGCCCUGAGUUUGAGUUUGCACUCUACUCCUUGUGCUUCAUUGCCCGGCCAGGCAAAGUGUGCCAGUUAAGCCUGGGUGGAUAUCCCUUGGCUAUCCAGACCUAUCCCUGGGACAAGACUACUUAUGGAAAUGGCAAGAAGCACAUUGCCACGGCCUACGUGGUGUCUUCCACCCAUUAGGACAGAACUUUGAGCCAGAAAGGGCCAUGAGGGCAGGGAGGACUCUUGCAGGACUGAGGUGUUAUCUACUCUGGACUGGAAAAAGGAGGGAGGAGGCUGGGAGGAAAUCCCACAUCAGUGAAACAGAACCCCAAAACCAAAAAUGCCUAUAUAGGAGGAAAGAAACAAAUUAGAAAAUGCAGAGAAGCAGUCAAACAUUUGUCAUCCAGUAUUUUAACAAUAUCGACUAAGAAACAAAGUCCAGGUGGAAGAGGUGGAGGGCCUUGAUGGUUCCUUGCUCUGAUGCAUGGUGGAACUGUGAGCAAGUCCUCUGGCCUCACAGUGCCUCCUGCUUCCCUCUAACACAAUGGGAAGAGGUCUACCCCUUUUCCUGUUUUGGGGGUUGGCGAGAGGACAAACCUGAUAAUACAUUUACUGAGGUGUUUUCAAAUGUUCUUAGGAAGAACUGCUAAUAGAAAUAUAAGAUUACUAUAAUGGCUGUUAUUGUUUACAGCUCUGCAAACUGCAGUUUGGCUCUGUGUCAGGGGCCUCAAAGAAGUCAGGCCACAGAAACCAACCAGAGGGCCUUUGGUCUUUUGUACAGUAAGAUCCUUUUGGAACAGAGUCUGGGAGAACUCUGUCAUUGAACAGAGCAGGGUAAUGGUUGGUUGCUUCCCCAGGCCUGAGUGUUUUGUGGUCAACUCAGUAUCUGUUUCCAGAAGCUUCCUGAUUAUAGAUGUUUAGUGCAUCUGCACUCUUAUGUUUUGAUCCCAAAUAGUUUUUUUUAAUAGAAUUUCCAUAAGAGGAGGAAGAUUUAGCAUCAGAAAAAGAAAGGCAACUAUAACUUAUUCUCUAUUAAGGCUUAGCCAGCUGCAAUAUUUUGAAUCACUCUAGAUGGGAGACCAG